GGACCAUUUGGUCCUUCCUACCAACGUCGAAUUCUUCAACAGAAGAUAAAUAUGUUGUAUGGGUGAAACAUCCUCAACAUUCCGACCCUGUCAAGGUUCGUGUGUCAUAUGGUGCAGACAUAGCCGACGUCAAGAAAAUUGUGAAGUCAGAAUUACAACCUGCUCUUGAUAAGGAGAGCCUUGGUAAGGUGGUAAUUCUGAGCCCAAGACUUGGUCGACUAAGUCCACGCACAUUAAUUCGAAAAGUGGAGUUGGACAAGGAUGAGCAUUUGAUUGUUUUUGUGGAUAAUCUUG